GGCGGCAGUCACGUAGCUCAGGUUUCCUAGCUGCAGUUGCGCGCGCGUACUGGUUCCUGUGUCCUAGUCCUCGCCGCCGUCCGUCCGCUAUCAUGCCGAUGUUCGUGGUGAACACCAACGUGCCCAGCGCCUCGGUGCCGGAGGGGCUCCUCUCCGAGCUCACCCAGCAGUUGGCUCAGGCCACGGGCAAACCGGCCCAGUAUAUCGCGGUGCACGUGGUUCCGGACCAGCUCAUGGCUUUCGGUGGCUCAAGCGAGCCGUGCGCGCUCUGCAGCCUACACAGCAUCGGCAAGAUCAGCGGCGCGCAGAACCGCUCCUACAGCAAGCAGCUCUGCGCCCUGCUGGCCGAGCGCCUGCGGGUCAGCCCGGACCGGAUCUAUAUCAACUACUUUGAUAUGAACGCGGCCAACGUGGGUUGGAAUGGCUCCACCUUCGCCUGAGGGCCACGCCGCCCCGAUGGAGCGGGACCAGACCCCAGACCCCGCUGCCCGCAAUGUUUGCCUGCCUGGGUCCCGGCA